UUUUAGCAUUUCAGUUGCCAAAUUACUCACGUUCUUAGCGUGAUGCACUGAUCGCCCCUUCACCCUCUCUGUCUCUCUCUCUCACACACUCACGCACUCGCACACUUGAAGGCUUUCGUCUUUCGUGGAUGAUACGAUAUUUGCUGCCGUGAAUAUGUACGGACAAAGCCUCGCUCGUUUCAUCAUCGGCAUUGUUGGCAAUGUCCUCUCUCUGUUGCUGUUCCUGUCUCCUGGGCCAACUUGUUUGAGAAUAUGGCGGAACCAAACCACAGAGGAGUUCCACCCUUAUCUGUACCUCGCCUCCGUGAUGAACUGCAUGUUCUGGGUAUUCUAUGGUUUACCAGUGGUUCAUCCUGACAGCAUUCUUGUGAUCUCAAUCAAUUCAGCUGGCCUUAUUCUCGAGCUGAUUUACCUCGGAAUUUUCUUCCGUUACACCACCAAUAGGAAAAGGGCCAUCAUAAUCUGUCUCCUUAUCGUUGAGAUCAUCAUGCUGGCUAUUGUUGCUCUCAUAACAUUCCUCUGCUUUCACUCACAUACCUCUCGCUCCAUGUUCGUGGGGAUUAUCUGUGUCGUAUGUGGGAUUAUCAUGUACGCCUCUCCUCUGUCCGUCAUUGGACAAGUUAUGAAGUCACAAGAUCCCGAGUUCAUGCCAUUUUGGGUUUGCCUUGCUGGUUUCUCAAAUGGGGUCGUUUGGCUCAUCUAUGCUUGCCUCAAAUCCUUCGACCUUUAUAUCGCUACUGGAAAUGGACUUGGAGCAGCUUUUGGUUUGUUUCAGCUGUCUGUUUAUGCUUAUUACACCUUCGGAGCUAAGAGAGGUGGUUCAGUGCAAAGUGAAGUCAAGCAUUGUGAGAUAAUAUAAUAGAUGAGAUGUCUCUAUUUGGAGGGGAGAGGUAUGCAACUUUGGAUAUGUUGGAAUUUUGCAAAUUCUUGGCACUUCAUUUCUAGACGACUGCAGCUUCUUAAAGUUCAUUCCAACUCAUCAUUUUUGCUUAUAGAUGUAACUACGCUUUGCUUUGACCAUAUAUUUCAAAACAUAUGUUUCAUUCCACUAACUAUUCGUGAUUGCUCUCACCUGAAUAUAUGUACGUAUAUAAAGAGGGAUUUAAUAUGCAGCAUGAUUAUUGUGAGCGCUUUUUGUGGGCACCGCCUAAUUUGUUUUUCCGUAUUCUUUUUACCAUUCCA